UGGAUACUGAAUCACGCGUACCCCGUCGUAAACCCCGCCCACUUAGCCCGCCGCUGUCGUAGCAGAAAUGGCUCCCUGUUAGCUGAUGACCGAUUAAGAAAUUGUGUUUUAGUAGACAACUGAGGCUGUAUUCGUCUUCAAAGCUGCACAGCCACAUUUUAAUGUUGCACGUGUUAAAUCCAGAAUGUGCUCGGUCGUCGGAUGUGACUCGUGGCUUCGAAAUGCGAAGCGGUUUCAGUUACCGGAGGAUCCAGAGAGGAGAUUAGAGUGGGUUCGGUUCCUCGCUUCUGUCAAUAAGCAGCGUUUCAAAGAAUCCUCCUGGACUGACAUCACAGUUUGUAUCGAGCACUUCAAAGAUGAGUGUUUCGAAAACCACUCGGGGUUGACUGAAAAGACACAGCUAGCGUUGAAGCCUAGUGCAGUCCCAUCACUGUUUAUCAAGGCAGAGACAGACGAACCUGAUCCACAUCUGGAGAGACCGAAACGUAGGGAGUCUGUGGAAAUGGUGGAAUUUGGCUGUCAGCGUGAUGAUGUUAGCCCGUGUGUUAGUCCAACUUCCAGUUCUGAGGAAUCAGGAAUUAAUCCAAUGGUGUCCCAUGGCAGCCCUGUCCCAGGAAGAAUCCUACUUUCUAGUAAAAAGCCAGCACACGGCCAGGUGAAACCAAAAGCUGUGAAUUUUGAUUUGAUCAGAGAAAAAGCUGCGCGCCUACAGAUGAAAGGGAAGUAUGUUGUGAAUGAAAAACGCCUCCUACAGUUGUUCCACCACAACUGCCCAUCAUGUGACUGCAAACUUAAGAUGGAGAAGAUCACGUAUGGGCUGCUCAUUGUCCUGAACCAACAGUGCCCUCAGUGUGAGUACACACACCAGUGGAAAAGUCAGAUCAAUGCCAACAUCCCAACAGAUGAAGAUCCGGAGCAAACAGAAUGCAUAGAUGUCACUCCAGAGACCCAACAGGUAGAGCUGACAGAUAACACCCAGGGCAGUACCACAGAGGUCCCUGAGAUUGUUGCUGUGAUUGGCGAUGAGAGCGACCACAUGGAAGAAUCGGAUGAAUCUAAUGAUCAAGGUGAUUCAGACGAGGAUUGGAAGCCAGACAGGAGUGCUUUGCUGGCUGGUAUUCUUCGACAGAAAACCAAAGGGGAAGAUGAAACUGAAGAUGAUGAGGACAAUGAAGAAGAAGAAGAAGAAGAAGAGGAAAUGUAUCCUUCCAUUGCACCCAAAGACAGUCAGCUCUGCACAGAUUGUGGAAAGUUUUUCAAUAAGCUUCGGCCUCACACAUGUGAGCACAAAACAAAACCCUUUUCUUGCAAUAUAUGUGGAAAAAGAUUCGAAACUGAGCACGCUCUAGGUCGUCACAGCAAAAUCCAUGACGUAAACUAUGAGCACCGGUGCAAAUUCUGCCAUGUUACCUUCAAAACAAAGGCAGAUAAAUUCUCACAUGAGCACACACACAUGACCGAAGGAAAACCCUACAAGUGUCCUGACUGUGCAGAAUCAUUUGGCACAAAUCAGGAACGCAGAGCCCACAUUGAGGAUCACAGAGGGCCUCCGCAGUUAAAAUGUGACUUCUGUGGGAUUGAAUUCUGCUGGCCACUCGCUCUCCGACGACACUUAGCUGUGCACACAGGAGAGAAGCCACACAAGUGUGUAGUGUGUCAACGUGGCUUCAAUCAGGCAAGCCACCUGAAAUCCCACAUGCGCCUUCACACAGGGGAGAGGCCUUUUCAGUGUCAGUAUUGUGACAAACGCUUCAAUCACAAUGUGAGCUUGAAGAGUCACUUGCAGCGUUACCACACAUUCAUUGAUGGUGGCGAGCAAAACAAUGACAGCAUUAAUGAUGUUGAUGCUCAGGAGGAUCUAAACAGAGACGCAGAACAAGAGCUUGGCAGUUUAGAUGUUAACCGGGAAACAGAAGAGGAGGUGCAAACAGAGGUAGUAUAUCGUCCCAAGUAUAAAAAAAAAAGCACAGGCAGACCAGUCGGAAGGCCGAAGAGUGAGGAAGCAAAUGCUAAGGCUCCAAAACAAAGGUCGCAGAAGUUAAAGAGAACACAUUGCAAUGAAGAAGAGGAGGAUGAGCUUGAUGACUUUGACAUUUCCUUGGAUCCAACAGAGGACGAAGAGAAGAAGACAAAGAAAGUGACAAAGAAAAAGCCUGGAUCAAGGGGGAGACCGAAAAAAUCUAAUGGUGAUAAGGAUUACAGCAGCCAGAACAAUGGUAAGAGCUUAGCAAAGCGCAGGGGAAGACCAAGGAAAAAUCCUCUACCCUGUUCUGAAAGUCAAACUGAGCUAAAUUACUAAUUAUGUUAAAAUAAUUGUGAAAAGGAAAGAGCCUUACGAAGUGGAUUUUUACACCAACUGGACAGAAAUGACAUGAUCCACCUAACAUGUACACCAUUCAUUUUAAAUCUAACUGCCUUUUACAGUUGACACAAGUCUGAAUGGUUGCAGAACAUUUAUUCUGUGUGCUGUCUGGGAUUUACCGUCAUAACAGUAUAUUAAACAGGACUGAUUUUACCA